AUGAUGACAGAAGACAUACAUCAAUCUCAGAUAAGCUACUCCAGUUUUGAAUUUCUUCUACAAGAAAUUGUUCCCACAUCAAUCCGCGUAUCAAAACAACUAUCAACUCAAUCAGCCCAACCUUCAAUAACACCACCACCACCAACAACAACAACAGACUCAACCGAAGCCAAACAACAGGAUCAGCAAACUCGAAUUGAUACUCAAUUAUCCUCCAUCAACAAUGAUUUUCCGGGCACUGUCAAUAUACUAGACUCUAGUCUACUCCCCACGGAUGAUGUCACGAUACGAAUUGAAACCAUGGGUUACAACCUUGGUCUUAAAAUUGCUGAAUUACUACUUUAUCAGAAUUCGACAACGAAAAUCAUUGAUAUUUUGGAUAUCAUGAAAUUUGUUUGUCGUGAUGUUUGGAAAUGCCUUUAUAAUAAGCAAAUUGACAAUUUGCGAACUAAUCAUCGAGGAACUUUUGUUUUAAUAGAUAACAGCUACAAAUUGAUAAGUGAAUUUAGUAGUGGCAAUAGCAAUAGCAAUAGCAAUGAAGGGGCAGGUGGUGAAGGUGGAAUCAGUUCUAAUCAAGAUACGUUAAAAAAAUCACGCGUAUAUCUUUGGUUUCCCUGUGGUGUGAUUAGAGGAAUAUUGAUGAGUUUUGGGGUUGAGAGUAACGUGUCGGCGGAGAUUACUCAAUUUCCUGCCGUUAUGUUUAAUAUUCAUACGAGCAUUAAUAACUAG